UGAGCAGCAGCAGCCUUUGCAAAUGGGAACAGUCUCUGAUGAAGAUGAUAAAGGAGGAGGAGCCAUGACACGUGAAAGAGCAUGCUGUGUGUGUGAAUGAUGCCACGUCCAGCAGGGAGAAGAUCGCAACCUGCAGCAGGCGUUUCCUUGAGCUGUCCUUCCCUCCUAUGAAUCGAACGGGGCGGGGAAACACACAGAAAGAGAGGAAACUGCUGGAGCCUGGCUUCCCCCUUUUCUGAUCCGGAAGGAAGACGCUUCUGUGCUUGAUUUGCAGCCACUUGGAAGGGAGCGGGAAAAGCCCGGGGCUUGGCUUUGGAGAAGCGAGGCAUGGCUGCCCAGGAGCCCCCCAUCCGCCCCAUUCCUCUGGAGGAGGAACCCAGACUGCUGAAGCUGAAGAAGAAGUUCAUCUCUAAAUUUAAAUCCACUCCCAAGUUUUAUGCUCGAGCACCUGGGAGAGUCAACUUAAUAGGAGAACAUAUAGAUUACUGUGGGUAUGCUGUACUCCCAAUGGCCAUAGACCAAGAUAUACUUAUUGCAGCCGAACCUCUGAACACUCCUGUCAUCCAUUUGGCCAAUGCAAACGACUUGUAUGCGGAUUUUAGCACAAAUGUUGAUAACAUUCAGAUUAAUCAAACAAAACCAUUGUGGCACAACUACUUCUUAUGCGGAUUCAAAGGAAUUGAGGAUCAUUUCAAUCUCGACAGCCCAAGCGGAAUGAACUGCCUUAUAGAAGGCACGAUUCCCCCAAGUUCUGGCCUCUCCAGCUCCAGUGCUUUGGUUUGCUGUGCAGGACUUGUGACUCUCAUGGCAAAUGGCAAGACCCUUCCAAAGGUGGAAUUGGCUGAACUUUGCAGCAAGAGUGAACACUAUAUUGGCACACAAGGAGGAGGCAUGGACCAAUCCAUCUGUUUUCUUGCAGAGAAAGGAACGGCCAAGCUGAUAGAGUUCAAUCCUCUGAGGGCAACAGACGUGAAGCUUCCAGAGGGAGUUGCUUUUGUUAUUGCAAACAGUUGCAUGGAAAUGAACAAGGCAGCAACUUCUCAUUUCAAUAUAAGGGUGAUGGAGUGUCGUCUGGCCACAAAGCUUUUAGCAAAGUCCAGAGGCCUAGACUGGAAGGCAACGCAAAAGCUCCAGGACGUACAGAUCAAACUCAAACGGAGCUUAGAGGAAAUGCUGGAAGUGGUUGAGGAGGUGCUUCACCCUGAGCCUUAUAGCAUCGAGGAAAUUGGAGAAAACCUGGGAAUUAGCCCCAAAGAGCUUCGCAGUGAGAUCCUCAGCCAGAACACCCAAGAUGUGACCACCUUUAAGUUAUACCAGCGUGCAAAGCAUGUGUACAGCGAAGCUGCCAGGGUGCUGGAGUUCAAAAAGACGUGUAUGGAGGUACCUGAUGAUGCAGUCCAGUUGUUGGGAGAUUCAAUGAACCAAAGCCACUCCAGCUGCAGAGACUUGUACGAGUGCAGCUGUCCCGAACUGGACCAGCUGGUGGACAUCUGCCUGCAAUCUGGAGCAGUUGGAUCGCGCCUCACUGGGGCAGGAUGGGGUGGCUGCACCGUGUCAAUGGUUCCUAUGGACAAACUGGAGACAUUCCUCGCAAACGUGAAAGAGGCUUACUAUACCAAGAGGAAACCAGGAUUGGUCAUGGAGGAAAGCACCUUGUUUGCCACCAACCCUGGUGGUGGAGCUAUGGUCUUCCUUGAGGCCUAAAGGAUGGCUAAAGGAUGAAAAAUAGUUUGGGACACUAAAGUUGGCAAAGUCCUGGCAGUACUUUUUUAACUUUUUAACUGUUCAAACCAGGUGGAUUCAAUUUCAAUUUGUUCACCCUCAUCCAGUCUGACACAGCAGCCAAGCACCAGUUCAGGACCUGGACAGCCUCCUUAGUGACAGGUGAGAAGGAGUGAGAGAGCUGGACAUCAUCUGCAUACAGGUGACACCGAACCCCGAAACUCCAGAUGCAGCUUCAUGUAAAUGUUAAACAGCAUGGCGGACAGUACCGACCCCCGUGGGACCCCACCCUGGACUUUCCACAGAUAUAUAAACCUUCCUUGCUUAGUUUCUCCAUAACUCAAAACCUCUGAGGAUGCCUGCCAUAGAUGUGGGUGAAAUGUCAGGAGAGAAUACUUCUGCAACAUGGCCAUACAACCCGGAAAACAUACAACAACUCUGUGAUCCCGGCCAUGAAAGCCUUUGACAGCACAUACAACUGUGAUUACUUGUACCCCAGAUUACUUCAAUAUAGUCCUCUAUUUUCACUUGGAUUACAUUUUAAGCCAACUCAUAUUUAAUCCCUAUUAGGAAAGUAAAAAAAGGUUUGCAAGAUAAGGUUUUGUUGAAAGUAUAGUGUUUUUGGAUACAAGUCAUGUUGCUCCAUUGCCAGAAGGAGGCAGCAAUAGGCCAUUUUUAUGUUUUAAAGUACCAAACCUAUCAAUAAAAGAUUCAUGCUUUUCCCAUAUACUUGAUUUUUCCUGGGAUUUUUGUACAAAUUCUAAUAUUCAAAUUAAUCAAACAAAACCUUGACACAACUCAUCCUUAUCUGGAUUGAGCUAAGUGUAUUCAGCAGGAAUCCUUCUUUUAAAAUAAGAUAAUAUAUAUUUAAUUUUAUAUGUUGUUGAAAGCUUUCAUGGUCAGAAUCACUGGGUUGUUGUGAGUUUUCCAGGCUGUCUCGCUAUGUUCCAGAAGCAUUCUCUCCUGAUGUUUUGCCCACAUCUAUGGCAGGCAUCCUCAGAGGUUGUGAGGUCUGUUGAAAACAAGGCAAGUGGGGUUUAUAUAUCUGUGGAAUAAUGUCCAGGGUGGGAGAAAGAACUCUUGUCUGAUGUUCUAGUGUGAUGGAGUCAUAUAUAUAUAUAUAUAUAUAUAUACACACACACACACACACACAUACAUACAUACAUAUACACACACACACACACACAUACACACACACCGCACAUAUAUGGUGCUAUACAUUUUCAGUUUUUAAAUCUAAUUUUGAAAAUUCCAUUAUUCCACUUCACAUUAUCCUGGAGAACAGCCCAGAAAUGUCCACCAUUUCACAUUAGAGUUUCUUGUAAGAAUAACUUACUUCCAAGAAAAUAUGCAUAAAAACAAGUUUUUCAAUGCAGAAUAGAAACCAGCCACUUCUUUCCUUGCUGCAUGAACGGUCGCUCAGAGAGACAAAUAAAACAGAAAAACCCGACACAUGGCUGAAUGUCUUGAUGUAACAUACCAUGUGAAUGUUUUGCAUUCAUUCUGUUUUUAGGCAUUUUGAAGGUUUAACAGUAGAAUAAAUAUUUUAAACGUAUCACUUUGUUCCAAAAAUACAUUUGCUAUUUACUGUCAAAAGCAAAGCAGCCUCUGCCAAUUUUUAGCUCAAAAGGGUAAUUUCUAGCUCUGAAAAUAUUUCUUAGAUCAUGCUAUCCAUUUGGAUAUAUCAUUUUUCCGAUUAUUAGAAGAAAAAAACAUACCGGCCUCAGUUCCCUACUCCUUUAAUUGUAUCUGAUGUUUAUUAUUUUUUCUCUCUGAAUGCAUCGACAAGAAUAAUAUAUUUGAUAUCUAUUUGAUCUGACAUGUUGGCAACCUGUUUGGUCUAUGAAUGACUUGCAAAGUUUCCAUUUGGCCAAAACAGAUCUUUGAUUGACACUGUAGAGUUUGCAGGAAAUUGGUCGAAUACUUUAACUUAUGAUUUUAAGGUGCUUUUCUUAUGCAAAGAGUCUGGAAGUGAGAAUGAUUACUUCAUAGAGUAAUUCACAGACCACUCAAACUGGGCUCUGAACCACGUAAAUCAAUAGGAUUAACUCAGUCUAAUGCAGAAAUGGUCCAGUAGCUUGCCUUUACAGAGUCUGAUCCAGACAACUCACAUCUAUACUCAUGUAUACUCAUGUAUAAGUCGACCUCAUGUAUAAGUUGAGAGCAGGUUUGGGGGUCAAAAUAAUGGAUUUUGAUAUGGCCCAUGGAUAAGUCAUGAGUGGUUCUGUGGAAAGUAAAAAGCAUAGAGGAGUGUGCUUUUUUUGGGUUCUCCAGAGAUUAACAAUGUUCUUGCCUUUUGCCAGUCUACUCAGAGAAGGGGACGGGUCACACCAACCCACAGAUAAGCCAAUUGGGUUAAUUUCUUUGACUAAAUCUUCUAGGCCUAUAUGUGUGUAUAUUAAAAUACUCACUUUUUCCCAAAGUGGUUUACAGACAAUAUAGCUCUUUUAUAGGCUUGUUCUGCCUCGAUGAUUCCUUUUAUAAUUCUGCUUUUAUCUCUUGUUUGUUGCCAUGGUGGCGCCUAGUAAUGGAUUCAGAUACUGUGAAACUAUUCUGAGGAACCUGGUGCCAUUGCUUAAUUUUAGGUCUUGUUUUAUUCUAAGUAUUCGAAUUUGUGUGUGCGAUUAAUUCUUUAUAAACAAAUAAAGCAUCUUUUGCAGUGAA